UGCGCGCUCCACAACUCCACCAACCGACAAACCAACGCGUCUUUGUAACGCGCCACGAUACUCAAUCCCCAUCGCGCAUUCCCUCAAACCCCACCGCGACCCUGCAAUGCCCCCGAAAGCACGUACGCCUCGCGGCAAGGCCGCCGCCGCGGUUGAAGAAGUGCCUGUCGCAUUGCCAAUGAAGCGCGGUCGCGCCGCCAAAGCUGAUGUCGUCGCCGAGCCCCCCAAGAAGCGCGGUCGCCCUGCGAAAUCACAAGCUGAAGAGCCCGUCGAAGCGGCACCGGAGCCCAAGAAACGCGAUCGCCAAGCCAACGUUGCGCCGGAGCCCGUCAUCGAAGAGGCACCAGUAGUCAAGAAGGGCAGAGGAAGGCCCAAGAAAGACGCCGUCACUGUACAAGAAGGAGCGCCGGUCAAGAGUCGUGGGCGCCCCAAGAAAGAGGCCAUUGCAGAGCCGGCAACACCACCCAAGCGUGGCCGUCCAGCGCGCGCUGCAGUCGACCUUCACCGCGUCAAUGGCUCCCCUCGCAUCGGCAAGAGGUCGUCUCCUCGCAACAACAACAAGGUCAAGCUUGAACCGCUCGCUCGCCGCCUUGAUCCACGCAUGCGAUCCAAAUUGCGCACGCGACUCCCAGCCAAGAAGAGCGAACCAGCACCUCAGCCAGCCCCAAAGCCAACUUCUAGACGUGGACGUCCACCCAAAGCCGCUGCCGCUGUUAUCCCUCCAAAGCAAGUCGCAAAGCCCGCAAAGCCUCUUGCUCCCCGCAAGAUGCGCGGUCAUACUAUGCGCCAGAUCCCCGACCGAUACGUCGCGCAGAUCGACCAAUACCUCCACGACCUCAUCGAAGCCGACGAGUCUCCUGUCGUAGAGCAGCAAGAAGAUGGCAUCGUCGCCGAAGAUGGUCAGGACGCUCUUGUGUCUUCAGAGCAGGACCGGGACCAGUACCAGGAGGACAGUGAUGGCUGCAUAGACAUGGACGGUCAACAAGACGGUGUUCAAGACGAGGAGGAUAUGCAGGCGGUUGUCACGCAGCAGCAGGAAAACGAGUACGACGAGGACUCACCCGAGGAGGCAAAUAACGACGAGUUCCCCGAACAACUCCACAAGGACGACCAGUCUCCGUACCCACAGGAGAGCGAGAACGAGAACGAUGAGAAUGCCGAGCCAGUACACGAGGAAGUUGAGAUGAGCAUGCAUGACGUCGAGAUGGAGGCGGACGCCGAUGGCAACACCCUUCUCACCACGAUCGAUACCGACAUUGUAGUCCGUGACGAUAGCCCUGACAAUGGCCAAGAUCCCUUCAAUACUGGAGGGGAGGAUCGUCUCCUCAGUGAAACCCCCAGACCUUCUGCGACUGCGAUCUUCAGCUAGACGACUUGUGUCUGGUUGAAGCGUACAUAUGCUUCUGUUCCGGCUUUGCAUUGCUGAGUGAAGUAGCAUCUUCAUUCUGAUAGCACGUAGCUUGCCUGUACAAAGCUUUUCAUUACUUGCAGGGCAUCAGGUCGAUGGGACGAGCGACGGUCUUAUGGUCAGCCUGCUCAUCCUGACCACAAGGUUCGCUUCUGUAUCGCGAGAUGUCUAUAGCGGCCCCAUGCUACAUAUGAUUGCAUAACACUAACGAUUUCUUCUUGCACAUCGCAGUAGUUGCUAACAACUUGAAUUGGUCGUGCAUCACA